CCGCCCAGAAUAGCCACCCAUAUUGCCCUCUUCUCUCUCUCUCUCUCAAAAAUAUCCAAAACCACACACCAACAUAAACAAAGAAAAAUCUCUCUCUUUCUCACAAAUUACAGUUCUAAUCCAUCAUCAUCAUCAUCAUCAUCAUCUUCAGCAACAACAUAAACUCAUCAACAGAAUUUCUCUGUGUUUUUUCCUGUAAAUUUAAUGGCCUCUACCCUAUCUUCUCCUUCUAAAAAACCUUAUUUUCUUGGCUUUCUUGAUAUAUGAGCUUAUUUUGUGUUGGUGGGCAAGCGAGGAACCCUAAUAUUUAAAAGAAGAGUAGAAUAUUAUUAGGUUAAAAUAGAAGAAGAAGAUGAGUCUUGAAGAGUCUUUAAGAUCUCUUUCUUUAGAUUAUCUGAACCUUCUGAUAAACGGACAAGCCUUUUCUGAUGUAACUUUCAGCGUAGAGGGUCGGUUAGUUCAUGCACACAGAUGUAUUUUAGCAGCCAGAAGUCUUUUCUUUAGGAAAUUCUUUUGUGGACCCGAGAGUACAGACUCAAGAAUAGGAUCGUCAUCCUCAUCCUCCUCCUCCUCAAGAUCAGGUAAUAAUACUAAUAACAAUGUGAUACCAGUAAACUCAGUGGGAUAUGAGGUGUUCUUGCUGCUCUUACAGUUUUUGUACAGUGGACAAGUCUCGAUUGUCCCUCAAAAGCAUGAGCCAAGGCCUAAUUGUGGUGAAAGAGCCUGCUGGCACACACAUUGCACCUCCGCCGUUGAUCUUGCUCUCGACACUCUUGCCGCCGCUCGAUACUUCGGCGUCGAACAACUUGCAUUGCUCACUCAGAAGCAAUUGGCUAGCAUGGUAGAAAAGGCUUCAAUUGAAGAUGUUAUGAAAGUUUUAAUUGCAUCAAGAAAACAAGACAUGCACCAGCUUUGGACUACUUGCUCUCAUCUUGUAGCCAAAUCAGGCUUGCCUCCAGAAAUCUUAGCUAAGCAUCUUCCUAUAGAUGUCGUAGCCAAAAUCGAAGAGCUUCGUCUCAAAUCAUCGAUAGCUCGUCGAUCACUAAUGCCUCAUCACCCCCACCAUCCCCACCACCAUCACCACCACCACAACCAUCAUGAUCUUACAGCAGCAGCUGAUCUUGAAGACCAAAAAAUUCGAAGAAUGAGGCGGGCAUUAGACUCGUCCGACGUCGAACUAGUCAAGCUAAUGGUAAUGGGAGAAGGACUCAAUCUUGAUGAAGCAUUGGCUCUACAUUACGCAGUCGAAAAUUGCAGCCGGGAGGUCGUCAAGGCGCUGCUAGAACUCGGUGCAGCCGAUGUAAACUACCCGGCGGGACCUGCUGGGAAAACCCCGCUGCAUAUCGCAGCAGAAAUGGUAUCACCGGACAUGGUUGCAGUACUUUUAGAUCAUCAUGCUGACCCGAAUGUUCGAACCGUGGAUGGGGUGACACCGCUGGAUAUUCUCCGAACCCUAACAUCAGAUUUCUUGUUCAAGGGGGCAGUUCCAGGGUUAGCACACAUCGAACCGAACAAACUAAGAUUAUGUCUUGAGUUAGUACAAUCAGCAGCAUUGGUUCUUUCACGUGAAGAAGGGAAUAACAAUAGUGUUAAUGCAACAGCCGCAAUUUAUCCACCGAUGAGCACUGAUGACCAUAAUAAUAACAAUAAUAGCAGUACCAGUGGAUUGGAUUCAAGACUGGUUUACUUGAACCUGGCUGGUUCUUCAGCUCCAAUGGAAGGAGACGAUGAUCAUAGUAGCCACAGCAGAGAUGCUAUGAGCCGGCAUGACUCAGCAAUGUAUCAUCACUCUCAUGAGUUCUAGAUCAACUCUCUGUCUCUCUCUCACACACUCAAUCAUAAUAUUAUAUAUAUAUAUAUAUAUAUAAAAAGAAUUAAUUAUAUGAAAUCAAUGAUGGAGUUGGGGAAAGACAAGUUGAAAAAUUAAGUAAUAUUAUUAUUAUUGGGUCAUAUAUAAUAUCCUUUUCUUGUCAGUUCUUUUCUUUAUCUUUUUCCUUUUCUUUUUGGUAUGGUAAUUAUUUAAAAUAGGAAUUAAAACAAACAAGUGCAGUUCCAUUGGAGGAUGGGAUGUAUGUGUUUGAUCAUGGGAUGAGUGAGACAAGGAGAAUCUGAUGUUGAAGAUGAAGAAAUUUGUAUUGUAAAAUUGUUUAUGAUGAAGAUCAAGAAAUGCAGGUGGUCAAUCUUUUCAAAACCAGGCCUGUCAACUCCUUUGUAUUUAUUGAUAAAUCUAAUUUCAUGCCCUAUUUAUUGCCCACUUUUA